AUGCACGCGCCGGCGUUCGCGUCGUUCGCGCGAUCGCUCGCGCCGCGCACCUCCGCGUCCGCAUCCCGCGCAUCUCGGGAGUCGCGGCGUCGCGAGCAGCGGACCGCGUCACCGGCGACGAGCGAUGUUCCAUCGGAGUCCCGUCGUCUCGCGCGCCGCGUCGUCGUCGCUCUCGACGCCGCCGCCGCCGCGGCCGAUCCGGUCCACCGAUCCGCCGCGCCGCGCUCGCGCCGCGCCGCGCUCGCGUCCAUCGCGCUCGCGUCAGCCGCGACCGCCGCCGGAUACGCGCCGCAUCCCGCGCGCGCCCUCGUCGACGACGCCAACGCGCGACGGGUGUUCGAGCAAACGCGUCGAUCGGUGGUGGGCCUCGCCGAUUACGUCCCGGGCGGCGCCAACGGCGGGUACGCGCCGCGCGGCACCGGCGUCGUCUGGGCCGCGCUCCAGCAGCAGCCGGGCGACGACGACGUCGGCGUGGGUUACGUCGUCACCAACUACCACGUCAUCGCCCCGGACCACCUGCCGGGGAGGAACGGGAAUGCCGACGACGGGGGUGGGAAAAAAGGAUCGCCCGCCGCCGGGCCCGCGCUGAGAGUCGCCGUCGCCGACGCGGUGACGGGCGAGCCCGUGUGGUACGACGCCGCGGUAGUCGGCACGCAGCGCGCGAGCGACAUCGCCGUGCUCAGGGUGCGCCUCGCGGAUACCACCCGCGCCGGGGACUCCGCCGCGGCGCUGGCGCCCGUCAAGAUGGGGACGAGCGGGGACCUCGCGGUGGGCCAGACGUGCUACGCGGUGGGAGCGGGGGACGCGGGUUUGGCGGCCGGCGGGACGGGUCGGUCGGCACCCUCGACGGCACCCUCCGCGUCGGCGUCGUUCAGGCAGCUGGCGACGAUGAGCGCGGGGGUGGUGAGCGGGUUACGCAGAAGCGUCCCGACCAAAAACGCCACAACCGUCCGCGGCGCCAUCCAGACGGAUGCGAAGGUUCCGGAGACGGCCAGCGGCGGCGCCCUGCUGGACAGCGGCGGGAGGUUGAUCGGGUUGACGGUGACGCCGUACGGGAAGGGGCAGGCCGGGGUUGGUUUCGCGGUGGCGGUGGACGAUCUGAUGCAGGUGGUGCCCUCGCUCAUCACCCUGCGACAGAUCUCGUGA